AUGUGUGAUGAUUCUCGUUACAUUCUGGAUGAGCUAUUCGGCAAGGAGAGAAAUGUCGUAGCAAGCAAGAGGAAGAACGAUGCUCACUAUUGGAAUGAGGAUGUGUGCAAAAACAUCUUGGUUUCUAAGUGCUUCAAUGACCUGUGGAAGCAUACCAAAUAUGAUCAUGAGGGAGAGUGCAGCAAGAGACACGACCAAUUCUUCAUCAAUGAGUUCAAUUGUGCACAGGAAGGCAAUAGGUUUACUUACAUCCAAGACAAAUUGAAGGAAGUCGACAAGAUCUUAACUAAGCAUGAAGAAUAAGUUGAAUAAUCUAGUAAACUAUAAGUAGCUGAUCGACCCAAAGAGAUCCAGGAUCGACUUGACAAUAUGGAAAGAUAGAUCAAUCUCUUGACGGAUUAGAGUGAGAAGAUGGGAGAAUUAGGUAAGAUUGAGGAAUCUGAGAGAUUGAUAAUGGAAGCAGAUAAUCUUAAAAAAGCCAGAGAAGAUGUAUUGCUCGCAUAUGAGGGUACCAAUAACCCAUUCAAAACUUAUAAAAUAUGUGAAGUUUGUGGAGCCAGACAAUCUCUAUAUGAAACUGAGAACAAAGUCAAAACUCAUUUGGAUGGAAGAAUUCAUCAAGGAUUUUCGACUAUCAGAGUUGAAUUAUAAAAACUAUAAUAAAGAAGAUUGUAAUUAGAGAAGAUUUUGGAGGAGGAAGCCAGGAAACAAGAAUUCAAGGAGGACAUUGCCAAAGAUGUUUAAAUGGAUAAGGAAAAAUUGAUCAAGGAGAAGAAAGAAAAGGAAAAGGAGAGAUCAAGAAGUAGAGACAAUUCAAAAGAAAAAAGUAAGAAAAAAAGCAGUAAAAAGAAAAAAGACAAGGAGAAAGACAAGGACAGAAGUAAAUCAAGAAAGCAUAACAAGUAAAAAUAUCUAUUAAUGAAAUUUAGGAAACACCAUAAAUAUUGA